UUUGGUUCCGUUCCUGCCUAUUAUGCAUUAUGCUAAAGCCCGCUUUCUGCUUUGACCAUGUUUUGCAGAUGGCAACGACCCACGAUUGCAAUCCAAAUCCUUGCUCAGAUGUGGAGACUACAAUUAUGGAAUGCCGGAAGCAGAGAACACUAUACAGACUUUAAGGCGUCAUGACGUACAUUCAAAUGUAUACCCGUUUUCCAAACCUGCCAAUCCUGCAUCUCAACGCAUAUUUCAGAUUCUUGAUAACCGCACCAAACAAUUGUUGAUAUCCUGGCCAGAACCUCAGGACAGUACACCCAAUUCGGCUACAUGUCAAGUCAAGUAUAACAAAAAUGUUAUCGCAUCAUUAUUCGACACAAGGACGAAAUCCGAUACGACCAUGAUGAAUGACUGUGAUACCCAGGAUAACGGGUUUAGCUGCAUACAAAAAACCUGUACGAGUUCUUGCACUUCGUUUCAAUACGGUAAUACAUUGAAGACCGUCGAGCGCGUCCUGAUCACCUAUGGCAAUAUCAUGUUUGGCUUAUUUCAGUUGUCUGAUUCGUUAUCGACCAAGCCUAUCUCAUCCAGUGGCCAAACAUUGUCAAUGCAUCUGAACAAACCCAGGGACGAUAGGCUUGUGAUACCGAGUUUAUCUGCAAGCGCUAGAACCUUCCCCGAUCCAACUAAAAACACCGCGGUUCCUUCAUUACUUUUGUCAAAUAAUCACACCAAUACCUCCACUUGUACAGAAUCAUAUCCAUUCCAACCAAAUCAUUCCAUCGAAAAAAUCGUGCCUCCACCGGCCAGCAGUCCACGAAGGCAUUACGUCGUAGGAUCUGAUCCCUCCCCACACACUGGCUCUCCAACUUCACCUCAAUCACUGUCCACCAACUUAUUAAUACCAUAUGCUAGACGCAUAUGUAAUUUCCCUCAACUCUCACCGGAAGUUUUGACCGCCUCGCGUAACGAUCAGCGACGACCCUCUGAAUCGUACUUUAGAACAAAUCAACCCAAAAACGUAUUCUCUGCUCACACAUGUGAAAGCUGCGGGACAGAUACAAGCCCAGAAUGGCGACGGGGCCCAUCAGGCCACAAAACCUUGUGCAAUGCAUGCGGUCUACGCUACUCUCGAUCAAUAGCUCGACAAACAAAAGCCGCACGGCAGCGGGAUGAUCGACCGCCAAACUCCGUUAAACCCCACGAAACACUCACACAGAAACGGCCAUCUCAGGAAGAGGACCCCAUAGUGCUGUCUCCGUAUUUGCGACAGUCUCGGUUUCAAUUACCAGAUGAGCGCCAGUCUAACACUGCUCUAGCUAUGAAGUCUGACUGCGUUCGAGGGUCCCAUAGAUGGCCUUCUCCCCCCAGCUCAAAAGCAUAGAAUAUACAUUUCUACUUAAAGAAAAAGCCAAAAAAAAAACACAAACACUACUCAUGUACAUUUUUUCUCGUUCGUAAAGCACAAAUCGAAAUUUCCUUGUUGUUCCCACAUAUCG